AUGAACGCGUACAAAAGGGUAAAUGCCUCCAGUUUUGGCACGGAGACACAGGUCGAUGAGACCACUGCUGCGUUGCAGAGUUUGGGUAUGCGGAUAAGGAAGUCUGUUGCAGAUGGUUAUAUGGUUCCUCAGAACGGUCAGAAUGCUUUCAACGAUUACAACAGUCGUAAUGGCGGUGUGGUCGCCCCAAAUAUCCAGAGAGUUCCUCUCCCAGAGAGAUUUGCAAACAACCCACCAUCAUUGACAUACAACGGAUCCACGGCUUCGUCGCUGGCCGGAUGGGAAAACGAACUAGAAAGACCUGUUAUACAUCAGAUGUCCGCCUCUGGAACCUCUCCAAUCAAACGUGGCCGCGAAGACGACUCUGGCGAGUCGGAAUACGUCAAUGUUCACCACCAGAAGAACCUUUCGGACUACGUUGGCCGCUACGGACAGCUGUCUUUCAACGAGGACUUUUAA